GCAGCGCUGGAGCCGGGCUUGUCCAGCCCCAGCUCUCGGCGUGCCUGGCGGGUCUGUCCGCCCGCCUGUCCGUCCGUCCGUCUGCAGGAGCGCUCAGGUGCGGCUCGGCGCCCUCGCACCAUGCUCGCCCCGCGGCUGCUGGCGCUGCUGCUGCUGCUGGGCCCCGCGCUGCCGGCCGGGCCCCCGGCGCUGCGGAGCAGUUUGGGUAUUCCUGCCUCCUGCCGGCUGUCCCGGGCUGAGUCGGAGCUCAGGUGCCGUGUCCCAGGGGGGAAGCUGUGCAGUGACAGAGGCAGGUGUGAGUGUGGAGUCUGCAUCUGCCAGGUGACUGAGUCUGGCAAAUACUAUGGCCCGCUCUGCGAGUGCCACGACUGGGUGUGCGAGACCUACGACGGGAAAAUCUGCGCAGGCCAUGGAAAGUGUGACUGUGGGAAGUGCAAAUGUGAUGAAGGCUGGUAUGGUGAAGCUUGUCAGUAUCCAACUACUUGCAAUCUUACACGGAAGAAAAGCAAUGAAAUGUGCAAGAAUUCUCAAGAUAUCAUCUGUUCUGGUGCAGGCACAUGUCAGUGUGGCAGGUGCAAAUGCACAAACACAGAAGGAAAUGGACUGGUAUAUGGCAAAUUUUGUGAAUGUGAUGACAGAGAAUGCAUUGAUGAUGAAACAGGAGAGAUUUGUACAGGCCAUGGAAAGUGUUACUGUGGAAACUGUUACUGUGAGGCUGGUUGGCAUGGAGAUAAAUGUGAAUUCCAGUGUGACAUCACUCCCUGGGAGAUCAAGAAAAGAUGCACAUCUCCAGAUGGCAAAAUCUGCAGCAACAGAGGCACAUGUGUAUGUGGGGAAUGUACAUGCCAUGAUGUGGACCCAACUGGUGACUGGGGAGAUAUUCAUGGAGACACUUGUGAGUGUGAUGAAAGAAACUGCAAAGCAGUGUAUGAUAGAUAUUCUGAUGACUUCUGUUCAGGUCAUGGACAGUGUAAUUGUGGAAGAUGUGACUGUAAAGAAGGAUGGACUGGGAAAAAGUGUGAACAUCCACAUUCGUGUCCAAUGUCAGUUGAAGAAAGCACUAAGAAAUGCCAAGGAAAUUCUAAUUUACCUUGCUCUGGAAGAGGGAGAUGUGAAUGUGGCCAAUGCACUUGUUUCCCUCCAGGAGACAGCAGAGUUCAUGGCAGAAACUGUGAAUGUGAUGAUCGACAGUGUGAAAAUGCAGAUGGUGAUGUCUGUGGGGGCCAUGGUAUCUGCUCCUGUGGCCGAUGCAUUUGCCAGGAUGGGUGGUUUGGGACGUUGUGCCAGCACUCAAGGAAGUGCAACAUGACGGAGGAGGAGAGCAGAAGUCUCUGCGAGUCAGCGGAUGGCGUGUUAUGCUCCGGGAAGGGCUCCUGCCACUGUGGAAAGUGCAUCUGUUCACCCCAGGAAUGGUACAUUUCGGGUGACUUCUGUGAAUGCGAUGACAGAGACUGUGACAAACACGAUGGCCUCAUUUGCACAGGUAAUGGUGUUUGUAGCUGUGGAAACUGUGAGUGCUGGGAAGGAUGGAAUGGAAAUGCUUGUGAAAUCUGGCUGGGGAGAGAAUACCCUUAAUGAAGGACAUCAAGGCUUGAGGAGGUUUUUUUGUUUGUUUUUCUUUAGGCUGCUAGGACAUUUAAUUUCAGAAGUGUCUGGGUGUGGGUAUGCAUGAACGCACACAUAUGUGGUUGUAAAUACCUUAGAACACAUUUGAGGAUCUGCUCCUUAAAGAAAUGCAUCAAAAAUCUAAACAAGGGAGCAGGGUAGCACAAGCUCUAGAGAGUGAAGUCAUAAAAUACUGGCCCUGUGGAAUUUCUCCAGAGAUUUUUUUGUAAAUUCAGUGGAACCUAUAUUAUACUUAAAAUGACUAUUUCUUUGAGCAACCUGAGGCAAAGGUAUAAGAAAACCCUUUUUAAACAUUAUUUACUUGGUUUUCAUGUCUCCUUAUAUGUAUGCAACAGCACACCUGUAGAAGAGUAGCACUAGUUGAAUAUUUGUCAAAUAAUUUGAUUUGUUUUAUGGUGUUUGAAAAAUUUGGCUCUGUUUUCUUUCCAACAAUCCUGAUUAUGAACCAAUUUAUAAAUUGAGAGAAAUUGUAAAAAAGAAGCCUAUAAAAAUAUUAAUGGUUCUUUAUUUGAUCAAAUAUCUGUGUUACUGAGGUCCAAUUACGUGACACUCAUAGACUGAAGACCCAAAAUGUUUGAAUGGAACCUAGAGAACCUUGAAGAGAACUUUUCGUUUCUGUGGUUGAUAUGUCAGUAAGUUGGUUAUCUAAUCUACAUAUUACAAUACUUUCAAAUACAUAACCUAUAGAAACAUAUGG